AUGGCUUUAGUUGAUGCAGAUUACAAAUUUAUGAUGGUUGAUGUUGGCAUAAACGGUCGCAUAUCAGAUGGGGGUGUUAUUAGUUAUACUAAAUUUGGAAAUAUGUUAAAUAAUAAAACAUUAAAUAUUCCAAAACCAGAUUUAUUGACUAAUACAAAUUAUACACUCCCGUUUUUGUUUGUAGCAGAUGAAGCAUUUGCUAUGAGUGAAAAUUUACUUAAGCCUUAUAGUCAAACCAAUUUGACCAAGGAACAGAGAAUUUUUAAUUAUCGUCUAAGUCGGGCAAGACGAAUUGUUGAAAACGCUUUUGGAAUUUUGAAUUUGCGUUUUGGUGUGUGUUCCAAAGACCAAUACAAAAAGUCAGCAUCAUAUAUUUGCCAAGGUUCAAUGGACAUGGAGUAUGAAGAAGAAGGGAGAAUUAUUGAGGGGUCUCGGAG